AUGGCAGACGACACUGCCCAGUACCCCAGAGCAAGCCUCGGUGGCAUUCCGCCUGAGUUAUUCGACCUUAUCAUGUUCUAUCUCAUGCCCAAUGUCCCCCCGACUGUUGUCAUGAGACCCUUCGAAACCUCCUAUGAUAUUCAUACCAGCGCGGCGCAGUAUGAAGAGUGGCAGUUGACCCGAGCCGACCUCAAUGUUGCUCUUGCGAAGCCCUACCACCUUCGGCGCUUCAUUCGUCUUCUGACCUGCCCAGCCAAUCAUGGCCUUGGAAAUCAUGUCCGAGCCCUCUACCUCCUCGGCGAGUUCCAGCUAGGACCACGAGUUCCCUACUUCCGCCUCUGGCGUCAGCUAUACAACACCAGGACCCUCACAGACUUGGCCAUCGUUCUCACACUUAUACCCAAUGUGGCUGAGUUCUUGAUCACCUCUCCUAACGAGAAGUACUUCGAGCUGCUGAUGCGGACGAUGCGACAUCAGAUGGAGUACACUCAUAUGAUGAUUCCUUCCACCAAGGCACUCACGCAACCAGAAUCUUACGGACUGAAGCUGCACAACAUCGCAUGUGAGGGAAAGACACCCCUAACUCUCACCCCCCUUUCCUUCGACUUGCCGUUUAGCUGCGUGCGCACCCUUCGACUCCGUCACGACUUCACUGACACUGAUUCUGACAUCGCCGGAGACUACUCGCUGCCUGAAGCUCACCGCCAUCACUUUUCCUGCAACAUCCCUACUUACCUUUCUCAGCUUCCCAACCUCGAGAUCUUCGAGCUUCUCUCCGACGCGCCUUGGUGCUGGAGGCCUAUCGACAAGCACAGGGAUGACGUGAGUCCGCCGGAUUACAGCGACAUGCCUCGGAUGAAGAAGAUUGUUCUGCACCUUUCUUGCAUCCAAGAGCCAGAGCUAGUCGGCCUUCUGCUGGCGUGUGCUAACCUGCAGGUGCUCACCGCAUACUUCUCGAGGAACACCAACCCUCACCAGUUCCGACGUCUUCCUCAAGGUAAAGACGUGAACCAGGCCCUCCGAGGUCUCUCUGGUAGCUUGCGUCACCUGGAGCUUGUCGCCGCGAAACCUGGAAACUACUUGCCGUCAUACCCAGAACGCCUCGCUGGCCAGAGGCGGAGACUUGACUGCCUUCCUCAUCUCACCAAUGUGAAGACUCUCGUCGUUGACUUUACAGGUCUGUUCGGACUCUGCGACUUUAUCAAUGAGAAUGACGUGCUCGACCUUCGCAAUCGCUUUCCCCCUAACGUCCAAGACUUGACGAUCGGGUGCAGAUGGCAUUCAAACCCCCCGAUUCGAAUGGCGGUUGACUACGAUGAUGAGUUGCGGGUUGUCAGUGCUUUGGCAGAUUGUUAUAACACCACUCUUUACAAACUUCGACGACUAACACUGGAUAUUCCCACGACUUGCUCCAUUCUGGAGCCGCCCUGUCCGCGGAUAUUCCUUUCGCACCCCAUGACCCCAAUGGUAGCAUCUCGUCCACUGGCGUACCUGAUGGACUGUGGCAUCGACGUCAGCUUCCACAACAUUUGGCGCCAGUUCGAGUACCAGGGCCAGCUCUUUGAGAAUUCUGCAACUGACCGACAGAUAGAGCGCGUAAACAAUAGGUUCACGGAGGAGCAUCGGCGCCGGAGGCUCCUUCGGACGGGCGUGAAGGCCCCGUGGUACCUCCCCAAAGAAGACUACGACGCCCUACUGGCCAAGAUCAUGUUUGGCUAG